CGCGAUAACACCGGAUGCGCCUUCCUGAGCAGCAACAUUGAAGGCCCCAUCAGCAUUGAUCUUGAUGAAACCAGGGUCAGGCGGUUUCCAUUUUUCACACGCCUUGCGAACACACAAGCCAUCAGUUUUAGAUCCUGCAUUCCACAGGUCAUGAGCCGUAUCCACCGCCCAAUGCAUAGUUUUCAUAAGAUUAACAUUCAUGUUCCCAUGCAUACGGUCAUUCCUGGCCUUCCAAAUCGCCCACAUACCACAGAGAAUAAUGUUUGCCUCUUUAGUAGGAAUAAUGGUGCCAUCAACAAUGUCUCUAGCCCAAGAAACAGGGUGCAAGGAUGGAAUUUUGAUACCAGUAAGUUUCUUGAUCUCCAUCCAGAAUAAUUGAGCCAGGCUGCAUUCAACCAGAGCGUGCAAGGCGGUUUCCCUAUCAGCACCACAGCUAGUACAGAAGGGAAUGCGAUCCAUGUGCCUACCAUGAAGCACAUCCUUGCAGGGCAUAUAAUUUUUUAUAACUCACCACCAGAAGACCUUGAUUUUUGGAGGCACAUUCAUUUUCCAGAGAGCCUUCCAACAUGGACCCGAGUUGCCCAAGGAAGAAGAUUCCCUGAUGGUCAUGGAGGCACCAGCACAUAAAAGACGAUAUGCAGAUCUGACCGAGAAAACGCCAUUUCUUUCUCCAUCCCAGGCCCAGACAUCAUUAACAAGAUGGCCAAACGGCACACAGGAGAUAGCUUUGACAUCUGCAUCGCAGAAAUUCGUCUUCAGCUUCACAACGUCCCAGGCAUCACCAUGAUCAGUCAGUAGCUCACCGGCAAGGGAAACCGUCGAAAAUGCUGGUCUGGCCAGCGGCUUGAAGCCCGGGUUCGAGGGUAUCCAGGGGUCUUCCCAAACACGAGUAGCCAUACCAUUGCCAACACGUCUAAUCAAGCCUCUUUUGAGAGCCACUCUCUCAUGCAGAAUUGCCCUCCAGAUAUGAGAGGCAUGCUUUUUUUUGGUUGCCUCGAGGAAAUCCACAUUGUGGAAAUACUUGCCCUUAAGAACUCUUGCACAUAAGGAGUCAGGAUGAGUAAUCAAUCUCCAUCCCUGCUUAGCCAGCAUCGCUUGGUUAAAAAACCGCAGCUCCCUAAACCCCAUACCCCCUUCAGACUUGGGGAUGGCAAUAUCAGCCCAUUUCUUCCAGUGAAUCUUCCUUUUGUUGUCAUCUCCACCCCACCAGAACCUAGCAAUAAUACUGGCAAUCUUCUUACACGUUUUCACCGAGAGCUGGAAGCAACUCAUGGAGAACAGGGGAAUGGCCUGGGCCACCGCUUUGAUAAGAACCUCCCUAGCCGCGCCACUCAUGUACUUGACAUUCCAGGUAUUGACAAUUUCUUGAUAGAAUUGGGGAGGUGAUCAAAGGCUUCCGAGGUAGAGUGACCAAGAGCAGUAGGGAGACCCAGAUAUUUUUCCACUAAGGCUUCAGCUUCAAUCUCCAGGCCAGAGUGCAUAGCCAUUUUCAUCUCCUCAGUACAGUUCUUGCUGAAGAAGAUGGCAGAUUUAGCAGUGUUCACCAUUUGGCCAGAUCCAUUUUUGUAGAUAUCAAGAAUCCCUUUCAGCCUACAAGCCCCCGUAGCCGAGGCUUCACAGAAAAUCAUGCUGUCAUCAGCAAAGAGCAGAUGAGAGAUCCAGGGAGCAUGGAUGCUGACACGAACCCCACGGCUGAGGUACAAUGGACCACAGAACUUUAGCAAACAUUAGCAUUGAUUCAAUUGGUAGUUUAAUACCCAUAGAAAAAGGAUCAAAUAUUAUCAAUGAAUGGCGCUUUUAUCAUAUUUUGGGGGCGCGAAUUCUUUUUGGCGGUGUGCCCACCCUCAAUUUUUUUGCUGUGUACGCCACUGCACCCUUGUGAUUCAACCCUGGGCACAGUGUUUUUCUGUUCCUGCCUCGGGUAAGCCAACUGUGCUGUUUGAUGUCGAUGUUCGGGAUGAUGCGAUGAGUUUUCGUUGGGCGCCAUGAUUUUCCUUGCACAAUCUGCGCUUCUCCGUUUCCAAUUUUGCUUUUAAACUUUAGCACAUGGCUCAAGUAUAUCAUAUUGAUUGCCAAGUACCCCUACUACUUUUGCUAUGAUUCAGUAUGCUGUUUGACACGGCAGAGAGAUCACGCCUGUGCUUCUUCAUCUAGUCAUUUUACCCCUUAGAAAUAUAGCACCAGCAGGAAUUCCAUUUUCCUUAUGUUUUAUUGUUUGUCAGAUAACAUACCAUCCGUCUAUAUUUCAUAGUAUGCACCCCUUUGCUGGUGCUUUCUGAAGGUGCAAUAUUUCCUUAGGUGACUUCGGCUUGUCAAAACAGUUUCUUGGAGGCUACAAGGUUUGUUGGACAUGGACGAGGCUGACUUUGGCGACAUCACCGAUGUCCCAGCAGAAGUGCAAGCCGCUCCAAAGUUUCGUCCGAAUGUGCGGGCAAAGCCCCGAAAGCCAUCCAUGCCAUCAAGACCUGUUGUACCCAAUCAUUCUGUGGAAACAUCCAGUGAGAAGGUUGGAGCUCUAAGCCAAGAUAAUUUGUCUCAAGGACUUUCUGCCAAUCAGGAAAUUGCAUCUUCAACCCUCCUUGGUAGUGAAACGAUUUGUGACUCGGAAGCUCGCGAGGUUUUUGCAUCAGAUGUGAUAUCUCAAGAUGAUAACCAUGGUGAAGACCAGAACAAUGGUCUGUGCCAAAAAUCUACUGAUCAGGAAGCCGCUACUGGUCCAGACACUUGGCCGCCACAUGAUAUCAAUGGUACUGUUGAUUUAGACUCUCAAGAUGGGCUCAUAAAUUCUAAUACUGAUGACACCCAACCAAUCUUUGGAGAAUCCUCAGUUGGAAAGUCACAUGUGUCACAUAUGACGCACAUGCUUGCGGCAUCCACGCACGGGUUCAUCCAGAAUAGUGUCGACAGGCGCACCGGGGAGCUCAUCGAGGUCGCUUGCACAUUGCUGUCAGAACACAUCAUCGCCGUUCCAGGAGGCCCUACCAGCUCGCUUGACCCCUUCUACCAGGAAACGAGUGACCGUUUUUUGUCUCACAUGUUUUCAAUGAGAAAAGAAGCUGAGGGGGACGAGUCGGCACAUAUUUCUGGUACAGCUGAAGCCACUGCUAAACUUCUACCUAAUGUUCGAAGGAAAAAGGGCAAACGCAAAUCAGUAACAUUUGUUGUACCGGAUGAUUCCGAGGUGGUCGCUCCAAGAGAUACCAAUUCUGAGGGCCAUACUGACAUAAGGGCUGAUGAAAAUUUGAACACCUUGCCUCAGCAAACAGCUCAAAAGCAUUGUCUUACUGAAGAGCUUUCAGAUGAUGGGGAAUAUACUGAAAAGGAGAGUCGGUACCAUGAGGGAGCACUGUCAGAUCAUGGUGUUAAAGAACAACCAAAAUUGAGUGCUGAAAAACUAGAUUUAUCUAUGAAACUAAGAAACAGGAGAAAGGAAGUUGGGGUAUCUGAGCAUAUUACUGAUGAUAAUUUUGAUGAAGACUAUGCUGAACCUUCAGCAGCCGAACAAGAUAAUGAUAGUGGUGAUGAAUACACUGCUGGAGAAAAGCAGAAGCCACAGAGGAAGUCGAGGGAGAAAGAUCCAGAUAAAGAACCUGUGAGGGGUUCGAGGCGCACCUCGAAGAAUUUAGCUGCAGAAAAGCCAGCACAGCGAAGCCAGCAAAAAAAUAAAAGUGAAGGACAGUCACGUGGUCGUAAAAGAGCCUUGAAAGAUGCAUCGACAGAACAGCCUGAGAAGAAGCUUACUCACAGAAUUCGUCAAAAAAGAACAAAAGUUUCAGAAGUCCAAACCUUACUGGCAAAACCUGAUCAUGAGAUAGAUCGCAUGAAGCUAAGUGUGAUGCAUCUCAGGUUGUUACAAGAGGCCAGAGAGCGUAUUCAGAGUAAAACAAUUCCGUCAGGACCAUCAUUCUCUAAUCAAAGCAGCUCACUGUAUGGAGAUACGGAUGAUUUUGAUCCUUUUGGAGAUAAUAACUAUGUCAAUGAAAGAACAGAGAAUGAUGCGGCAGAAAAUGCAAUCAAACUGAAUUACCAUUCCUACAUGAACAAACAAACACGGGCCAGAUGGACAAAAUCUGACACUGAUUUGUUCUAUCAGGGAGUUCAACAGUUUGGUAGUGAUUUUGCAAUGAUACAACAACUAUUCCCUGAUAAGUCCCGUGAUCAGGUGCGGCAAAAGUUUAAAUCUGAGGAGAAAAAACAUCCAAUGCAAGUCCACGAUGCUAUACUUCAUCGAUCGAAAGAUAAUGUGUAUUUGAAGCAAGUAAUCAAACAGCUCAACAUUGAAGAUUUGCAGAGAGACAUCAACAGUACAGAUAAACAGGAGGUUGCCUCAAAUGAAGGAGACACUGGAAAUGAGAAUGUGUCUCAUGUCAUCAACGAGGAGGAAGACAAUGGUCCCAACUGGUCAGAUGACGAGCUGGGCACGCACCAAUCUGAGGUCAAAGAAGGCGAUCAAGCUUCUGGAAAUGCUGAUGAUGAUGACCUGGAUGUUUUUGAUUGGUACUAGCACGAUAAUCAUCAUUCUGUCAAUCCUGUGAGCAAAGGACUUCUCUUUGUCAAAUAGUUUUGCUCGCGGGAUUACUGAGUUACUGAUGCGUCACGGAUGCAAAUAGCACAUUUUUACGUAGGAUACAAGGUCAUUUCAGUUUUGCUCCUAACAAUGUCCGAAACCAGAACGUUGGGAUACUGUUCAGCAAAGGCUGUUGACCAUAUGUUGCGCUGAAGGUACUGAAUUUUGAACCUUUUGGUUGCCUAUCAAAUGUGUAAGGCAUAUUUAGAUGCUUACAUAUCUGCAACGUAUCUCAUGCAGUCUGGGAGUGCUACUGUUAAUGAGGUGACAUGGUGUAGGCUUCUGCUAGUUGAUGCAUCGGACCGAUCCAUUGAAGCUGUACUCUGAAUAGUUGUUGCGAACACUCAAAAAAAAAUAGUUGUUCCUUUUUCUAUGGUGCAACUUACUGUUGUACUUGAGUAGUUGUAGCUUUUUCUAUAUUGCAACUUUUUUUUGCUUCCUGAUAGCAGGCCUGGCGGCAGUUGCUAUUUUUGCUUCUGGUUUUCUGAAUAUAUGCCUAUGGAAUGAACUGCUGGAUGCGCUUCUUUGGUAA